CCCGAGUGUGUGACUUGUAACGAGAGGGUCCGAACGCGAUCCGGAAUGAUCCGGAAAUAAAAAGGGAAAAUAAAAAAGCAACAAUAUCUCCAGUACAUAUGGAUAAGGACCACAAUUGGUAUAGUUAAGCAGAUAGCGCACUCAAUUAUCAACUCAUUGGGGUCUUUCCAGGAGCAAAUAACCCAGAGGAAAGAGCCAAAAGACAGGUGUGAUAGAAUAGCCAUGACACCUAUUUGUUAUACUGCUUUGCUGUGAUGGAUCUGCGACAACUAGAAGGAAAGAUCAAAGAUUCAGUCCGUCGGCUACGCAAGAUCAACUGCCAUCUUGAGAUAUUUGAGCCAGAAACUAUACAAUAUGGCCUUCUGCUUGGCCGUGGAGGGGAGGGGGUUGUACAUCAGUGUAUUGUGGAAUACAAGGGACUGCCCCUACAAUGUGCUGUCAAGUCUGUUUUGUGCAAUACAGAAGAGUUUAUACAACUUGCCCUGGAGGAACUGGAAAUACUAUGUAUGGCAAGGGAUCCCAUUGCUGACCAUGUGCUUCAAGUUUAUGGGGUCUCUGCAGUCCCAACAAAAGAAGACGCCUCUUUAGGACACUUAGCAAUAAUCACAGAAGCUGGAUUAAAAAACAGUUUACAAUUCUUUCAAGAGGAAAACCAUUGUUUGAAGCUAAAAAUCAGAUUGCUUUGUGAUCUGGCAUCAGCGAUACAUUAUGUGCAUCAGAGGAAAAUCAUGCAUCGGGAUAUAAAACCAGAAAAUGUGCUUAUUACCCAUGUGUCAUAUAGAGGGCGCACUCCAGAUAAGAUCCAAUUCAAGAUAAUGGACUUUGGUAUGGGACGGCAAGUGAGGCGAGAGUCAGUAGACAUUGAAGGUGUGGUGGGGACAAAGGGGUAUCACCCCCCUGAGAUGUGGGAAGAGAGUGGCUAUGACAUCACUGGUGACAUAUACAUGCUGGGUGUCACAUUUGCAAUAUUGCUACUUCCACAGCGAUAUUUGGUGACGUCAACACUGCGUCAUAUUCUGAACAACUUGCACGAAAGUAAAGAAAAUGGCAUCCUGGGAAGAGAUCUAUUUGACAAGCUGAUUGGCCCACUACUUGAUGACGAUAUACCAGAACAAAUAAAGAACCUUAUUUCACAAAUGAUAGAGAAUAGAGAAAACAGACUAAGUUCACUACCUGAUGCUGUUGAAGUUUUACAACAGAUUUAUAUUUGUAUUGAAGACCCUGAUGAGAGUGGUGACUCUGCUUCUAUAAGUGUGCAGGGGUCAGACUCAGGUGUAGGAGUGGGAGAGGACCAUGUGUUUGCUGAUGGACGUCGUAGUGCAACUCCAGGCAAACCCAAGCGUGGGAAAAAGAGACAACGUGAAUGCACCCCAUCACCUCCACGUUUAUCACCAAUCUUACCCCUAGAAACCCCAAAUUCACGGCCCUCCACCCCCAGGAGUAACAGCAGCAGUACAAGAUCUUCUCGAGGACGCUCACCACAUUAUAUCAGGACGAGAUCUCGGGGAAGUAGCGAAUCAUCAAGCAGUACAAAGUCUGCAUCAAGUGGGCGGGGAUUAGGAGGAAGUGGGCGGGGCUUAGGUUUAGGCGAGCUGUCAAUCACAAGAGGUCCUGGGAGGGGACGUAAUGGAAUCUCAAGGAGGAGAGUAAAGAACAAUAUUAACCCAAAAGUUAUACAUCGGUCUAUAUCUACACCUAAUGCUGGAGAUAAGUUAAAGAGGACAAGAUCUCAAUCUAUGUGUGUGAACGCUCCUCCUUUGUCUCAACACCUUUCUAACCCAGCACUGAAAACCUCUGCAGCACGUAAAUUGGCAGUAGCACCUAGCAAAAGUAUUCCACAGGCAGUUACAGAUAGAGAUAGUGAAGAUUCAACAAAUAGCACCAGCACUGAUUCUGACAUUGAUGAUGAAGUCACAUUUGUGCGUAAAUCUUAUGAUGAGAAAGUUAUCAUUUUCCAGCAACCUUUGAGCCCACGUGUGACCCGUAGUGCUAGUAGUAGUAAACUUGAAAGUAGUGCUUUAGCUAGGACUGCAAGUAAUAUAAGUCACGACAAUGGUAGCAUUGGUCGUCCAAAAAGCCCAAAUGUUGAUCUUAUAUACAACUCUGGUUUUAAAGUCGUGAAGGGAAUUUAUAACAAACUUUGUGAUGGUCUGUCUAAAUUUCAGCCCAGAAAUUGAUGAAAUUCCGAGGCUCCCUCCAAAAAGGCAACGUUUAACAAGAUUGGCUUCAUGCACUAACUUAUAUAAGUGACCUAUAAGGGACACAGAGGAAUGUCAUAUACAUAACUGAUGGCAGGAAAUGAUGUCAUCUGUGUCAUGUUCUGAUGGAGAGAAAAUGUACAAUGCAAUGAGAAAUUCUGUAAGGAACAGGUUACCCGAGUGAUUUUAUAUUGCAGAAAGUUAACUUGGGAAAGUUCUUAAAAAAGUAUUUAUUAUAUUAACAUGUGGAGCUGGGAAAAUGACUUGUGUAUUGAGAAAUAACAAAAUGAGUAUAUGUUAUAUGUAUUAAUGUAUCUGGUGCCUGACAUAAUUGAAGAUGUGCCGUAAACAUCAAAUCCCAAAAUGUCAGAAAAAUUCAUGCCUUGAAAACCAUAAGUUGUGGGUGAGGGAUGUAUUACGAGAAACAUUCCUCUAGGAAUUCCAAGAUCUAUUGGAAUUCUAUAUGGCAAUAUGAUUUCCAUGGUAGCAAUGGAUUUGGGUAUUGCUUUAUUGAGAAUUAUUGAAAAUGACAUUUGGUUAAUAAAUCAAUGUCUGUCAAAACAUGAUUUACUUUGUUUGGAAAGGUUCCGUUUUUUAAAACGAACAAUUUAUGAUACACUGAGUGAAACCAUUAACAAUGAGUUUCUCUCACUUGACCCAUCAGCUUAUGGAAUUAACCUGUAUGUUUGUGAAAAGAAUGUUUUACAUUGAUGGUCACUCAAAUUAUAAAUGUGUUUUUUCCAUGAUUGGAUUUGAAGGCCAUUCCAGUAAAUGGUGCCAUCUAUUGGUGAUGAUGUCACUGAUAACAGUUUUAUUGCAAAAUUGACAUAAACUUGCUUCUCAAAAAUGUGCAUACAUUUAUAGAUAAACACAAUUUAGGAGACCACAUAUUCAGUCAAUGGAGCCUUUGGUUUAGCAUUAGACGGUAGUAUUUGCUGGAAAUCCCUAGAGGGUAAUAUGAUACGGUGGCAAUGCUACAUGUAUGUUUAGAGGGGGUGCAUACAUAUGAAACAUAUACUAGUAUGGGAAACCUCAAAUAUCCCACAUCAACAAAGUCAGAUAUGUGUUAUUUAAAGAGAAGUUUAGGCCCCAUACUCCCCCUCCCCACAUUGACCCCCCCCCCCCUGACCCCCCCCCCCCCAUCCCUAGUUUGAUGUAAUACCUACAACACUAAUAUGUAUCUACCAGAAUGGCUUGAUAUAGAUUAUGGUAAUAGAAGUACAUUAUAAUUGGAUCAUUAUAUCAUGUGGAACAUUCAUUAUAAUUGUAGUCAACUUAAAAUCUGUAUUUAAAGGGAAUGGUAAUCAUCUACUCUUAUAAGGGCGACGCAAAACUAGUAUUAAAGUACAAAAUGCUAGUAUUAAAGUGUGUUCUGCUGAAUUUUUGGAAAUGGAAUUGUUUAAGAGCUUGUCAAAGAAAUUGAAAUCACACUUUGAUGUAAUAUUGUUAUGUAAUUGUAACAUGUAGCAUAUUUAAUUGGAAGGCUCAUUAUACUACAAUGCUUAUCAUAUCUUACUAAUGCACUUUUGUAAUGAGAAUAUUGUCCCCAUUUGUAUAUACCUGGCAUUACCUGGCCCUAACUACAUGUAUGUACAACUUAUCCAUAUUAGAAUGUUAGAUCCCAAUGUAAAUGUAUGGGAACAGGAAUAAAUAUUUACUUCUCCACUAGAGCCAAAACAUGGCAACUGGUCUGGAAAUCAGUUUUGAACAGUAGAUCUACAAUACAUAUUACUUGUUCUGAGUCGAUUCCAUUCAAUUGUAACAUAUACCUGUAUACUACAAGUGCGUAAUUGUAUAGACAUAGACUGAUAGAGAAGCAUAGCCAGAAUACAUAAACAGGCGAGUUUAUAAAUGGGCAAAGCAAAGCUUAAGCCAAAGAGGAUGUUAUACUAAUAUAAUAUGUCAUAAUAUUCAGAAAUGAUUAGAACUUUUGUGAUGCAAAAUUAUGCGUCAUAGCUAGCCAGCUAUAUUGAUGGACACAUCUUUCCAUCAUCAUUAUAUUAUAAUCUGUAUCUGAUCAAGUAACAUGAAAUACAUUUUUGAAAUGUAGAUUAUCAUUGUAUUAUUGCAGUAUCCUUUAUGUUAAUCAAAGUAGAGAAACAGUAGUAAUUAUGGGUAUUAAUGUAUAAGUUUGGGUAUUAGAUUACAUGUACUGGUAUACAGGAAUUAUUAUUCAAACUAAAGCUAUAAAUGGGGGGGGGCAUGGCCAGGAACUCACAAAAUUAAUUUGACAAGGCAAAAUUUAGGAUACAUGAAGUGUUUUGCUACCUGUGUCUCUAAUUUUCAGUUUAUUUUAAAAAUGUCUGAAAAUAUAUAUUUCUAAAAUUUGAUGAGGCAGUUACCUUGCCUGUCUCAUAUCUGGCUAUGCCCAUGAUCAAUAUAGCAUUGCAGCUAAGAUUUCCAUGAUCAUUGGUUGGCAUAAGAGGCUGGGAAGCUCAUUCAGCUCAGGCAUUAAUAAUUAAAUCAGUUACGAAAUCCAGAAAUAUGAAAUUUUGAAUUACGAAUUAGUUUAAUUUAAUUAUGAAAUCUGUUCCUGAAGGCAAAGAUGGAGAAUUCUGGUCUCAUCUUAAAUCACGUAAGGGAGUUCAAGUUACCACUGUUUUUACGACAAUGUGAGUGUGUCCAAAUAUGGUCCUUAAAGGUAGGCCUACUAUGAGGAAAACAGGGGUCAUGAUAUUGCAUGAUCAUGUUCUCCCAAAUACAUGUAUGUGUAACUAAGCUCUCGGAUGUGUAAUUUAUUUAUACUGUAUUAUUAUUAAUGAAAAAUUAUUGUUACCAUGUUUGAAGGAAAGAGGUGAAUAUGUACAUUAAAAUGUUAGAAAAUAAAUAUCUGUUUUUAUUGUUAAUAUUACCAUAUUGUAUUCAAAUCUUUCUAUGGUUUAUAUUUGAUGUAUUAUCAUUAAGUGAUAAAUAAA